AUGCUCACAUGGACUCUUUGUGUGUGUGUUUUUGUGUGUGUGUUCGGUGCAGGCUCCCCACUGAGCUGCAGAUGGAUGGAUCAUAAAUUCACACAGUUCAGUGAAAACUAUCUGAAUCUGGUGGAUACCAUGGCUCAUAACUCCACUAACAGCUCUCAGGAUGCUGGAGUGGCCUUUCCUCGUGAGCUGUACAGCCAGGUGUCCAAAGCAGCUGCUGAGGACAAAGUCAGUUUCACAGUUCAGGUCCUGAAUGAAGUGGAGACCCUGUUCAACAAGAAUCACAGCUUGGCAUCAUGGGAGGAGAAAACAGCAGACGACUUCAUUGGUGUUGUGAACCAGCAGGCUGAAGGCCUUCACUCCUGUAUCCGGAGCCACAGCCACAAGAAGCACAAGAAGAAGCUGCACAUGAGUUUCAAGAGACUUUCACAUGUCCUCGACACAAUGGGUCAUGGUGCUGAAUCCUGGGAGCUGAUCAGGAAGGAAGUCAAAGCUCAUCUGCAGAGGGUUGACAGCCUGAUUUCAUCUGUGCUCAACGCCAACUGACAUACCUGAGCUGUCAACUUAAAACAUCUAUUUAUCUUAAUUUAUUUAUUUAUCGCUUAAUCAUGCACGCUGUUUUAUACUCAUUUAUUUAUUGGUGAUGAUGUAAUACAGAAAUUAUUUUAGUAUAUAUAUGCUACCAAUUAAAGUUAAGAUUAACUUGAUUACUACGUUAAUCAGUUUAUUUAUUUAUUUAUUUAUAAGGCAACAUUUUGGUAUUGGAAUUGUUAAGCUAUUUAUUUUUGUAUACUUGCAAACUUCAAUAAAAAAUACUUUUGCAGCUAAUGGAACUGUUUUCUUGUUUUUAUUCCUCUGCCAUCAUAAAAGCCAUUACAGUUUUUCUCAGUCACUUUAGUACAUUUCUCAGAUCAGAAUUUAAAUUCCCAGAACUACAUGUUCAAUCUUCACAUCAUUUUUUCACUUGUGCACUUCAGUUUCUCAUUUCUUUGAACAAGUUGCAAAUGCUUUGGUACAUCCAUGCAAAUGAUUAUGUACAAUUCUCUGCUGUUUCCUACAUUAUCAGUUGCUUAUGUCAUGGUGAUCAAAAUGUAUUAUAAUGGGUCUCAGUUGAAUAGUCUCACCCCCCCACAACAUUUAGGCAUUAGUUCAUCACAUAAGUCUUUACAUGCAAAAUGGUUGAAUAUGUUGUCAUAAUAUGUCAAGCAUAUUUCUAUACAUUUCCAUUAGACCUUGUUUUCCUAAAUCUGUCCUGAAUUGGUAAAUUGCUCCCAGGUGAAUCUUGACUUUCUCUAACGAAGGGAAAUGUGUGAAGCACUGGAUUAACCAAUGAUCAAGGAAUUUGAUUGAGGAGAAUCUGAUGAUUGAGGAAUUUUCUCAGCAUGGAGAUGGAAAGUAUAUGAUCGCCAGCCACAUACACAGAUGACCCUUCUGGCUGCCAUGGAUGCAGCAUGUGAUGACAUCACAGCAGAUACCUGCAGAGGCUGGAUAAGACACUCUAAAAGAUUCUUUCCACGCUGCAUUGCAAGAGAAGAUAUUCGUUGUGAUGUGGAUGAGAAUUUGUGCCCAACAGACAGGAACGUCAGGAGGUGUAGGAAGACUGCAAUGUAAUUCCUACAGCAAUACAUGUACAGUUUUCCCUAAGAAGAUCGUCCCAUGUUCACAUUUCUACUUUAGUUUUUUCUUUGUGCUAGGCAGUGGUGACUUUUCCUUUCUGUAUUGCGAUGACAUGGUCUGUCAACAAAUUACAGUAUAAACAGUAAAGGCGUAAAUGUGAAUCUUGCCCAGUCUCUUGCAAUCAAUCUCCCACAUACACUAAGGUGUAACUUACAAUUUACAACAAUUGUCAUCAAAACUUUAGCUAUAGUUUACAUCAGAACAUCCCUCCAGAGAACACUGUUAUACUGACAACAUGACUAAGCAAUUUGACUGUCCUAUGCCUAUGGCACUGACAUGUUCAUUGACACAGAUAUUUACUUUUGAGAGAUGAACUAAGGAUUUUGAGCAAGAGACUGGCUUUUGCAGGUAAUCCAUGGUGUUUUGCUAUUUGUAUGAAUUGUUUUGAGAAAUGCACUUACUGUUUUGCAUAUGUCGAGGAUGACUCAAGAAAUGUACCAAAGCGACUGAGAAAAACUGUAAGAUGCAGCCAAUUGUCAUUUUGACUGUCAAUUGCCAGUCAUUUCUUACUCUAAAUUAAAUAUCACUGUCUUAAUAAAGAUGGAAAAAUAAGGAAUAAGUGCAUCAAUUUUGCAUCUCAUAAUUAUGACUUAAACAUAUGAUUCUGACUUUUCAUUUCAUAUUUUGACCUUUCAGAUUCACAAUUUAAAAUGUUUAUU